AUGACUACCGUGCUGCCGCUGCGACCAAACACCAACUCGUCGGGUAGUGCAGCCUCGCGCCGACAUCCUUCACUCAACUCAUUCCCCUCGAGCUUUCGAUCUACUGGCGAGACUGGCAAUACGCUCAAUGUUGGACAGGGACAUAGGCACACUCCCUCCGAUGCUUCGCGCCACUCUAGUGUAAACAGCUACCAUUCCUCCAAUUCUGCGUCGAAGCUAGCAAAUGCUCACGUGCCCUCGCCCCAGAAGACACCUCGACGCCAGACCAAGCCGAUCAAGUCGCAAUACCCUGCCGAUAGCAAUGAGAAGCAUGUGGAAUAUAUACUGGUCGCAUCGUUCGACAUCGACCGGGGAAGUAUCAUGGAGCACCAGUAUCCUGGCCCAGUAGGAGGAGACGAGCAUAUGCUUGCCGAGCUGAUGUUGCCAGACCAAGCGCAUGUGCGAAGUCAAGAUUGGACUAUCUUCUUUUUACACAAAGAUGCUGGGAUGGAAGAGGAGGAACAUGAAUCUAAGCGCAAGCGCAAACGACGACGGAAAGCUGAACUGGUCGGUGACGACCCAGAGGAUGACGAGAAUCUUGAAGAUGGUGAAGAAGAUAUCGACGACAACGCCAGCGACGAUUCCGAAGACGUCAAUGUAGACGGCCCUCCGCUUGUCUAUGUCCUCAAUCUUGUCAACACGAAGCACGACAAUACCAUCAAGCGUGGAGCUAUCGUCAAGUCGAUGGCUAUUUGCACGCGGCAUUCCUUCUUGCAUAUCUACAAACCUUUGCUGCUGCUGGCUCUUGAGCAAUACUUCGCAAAUCCCGUGGUUGAGACGCUGGCAAGCCUAUACGAUGCUGUCAACAGCAUGGACCUGUCUCUGUUACCACGCUUGAGUCUGUUUGAGAAGUUCAUCCUGCAGGCCAGCGAUGCGAAAGACUUGUUCCUGGAGAAAUUCGAGACCAUUAUCGCUCAGCGGAUGGCAGAGAAGAAAGAAAAUGAAGCCAUUGGUUCACCACUUGAGCAGACGAGCACCACCCAGCUUCAGUCCAAGGCUCGAUAUGGCUUGCCUCGAGAUACGCACGAGUUCGAGAGUGUUAUCAACUACGCCAAUGUUCCGGUCCCCGUCAAGGUGCCAACAGCUGUCAGUCCUGAGACGGUUGGAGACUUCAGCCUGGUAAAAUUGAUCACUACUUUCAGUACGCCUCAUACGCAGUCCGUGGUACCGUUUAAUCCAACCCAUCCGCAUUUGACCACAAGCGGUCCUACGACGCACCCAAUCAUCGUGCUCAUGAACGCUCUCCUGACACAAAAGCGUGUAAUAUUCCUGGGUCACAAUCUGCCCAGCUCCGAGGUUGCUGAGGCAGUACUGGCUGCUUGCGCUUUGGCAUCAGGUGGCAUGCUACGCGGGUUUACUAGACAUGCGUUUCCAUACACUGACCUGACCAAGAUCGAUGACCUGCUCAAAGUGCCUGGUUUCAUUGCGGGAGUUACAAACCCAGCCUUUGCACACAAGACGGAAUGGUGGGAUCUUCUUUGCGACAUCAGUACUGGCCGAAUGCGCAUUUCCAAUCACGUCGAGCAAGCAACACUCACCGAAGGUGUAGUGUUCUUCCAACAAAACACCCACCAGGUUCACACCAACGCUGCAUCUGGCGGGGCAGGAGGUAUCAGCGCGCUCGUCUCUGCUGGAGCCAGUCUUUCUGCCGGGCUGGGUGGUAAUGCCACCCCGAACGGAAGCACGGCUGGAGAUGCCACGGGCGAUAGCGCGUUCAUGCAGAGCGUGCUGGCGGCUAUCAAUGAGCGACACGGCGAGAAUGCGAUCCGCAGCAAGUUCAGGAAAUGGGUUGUGAAAUUCACUCGACUGGCCUCGAGUUUCGAAGAGACUGUUUACGGUGCGAGUGCACUUCACAUCCACGAUCCGCACAGUCCAAAGACGGCCUAUCCUGGAACGGCAGAAUCGCCCGUCGACAGUCCAAAGGAGUGGCCUCCUGAAGUCACUGGUCAUGGUUAUGUUUGGCCAACGGCGCAAGCAAAGAACAACGAGCUAGCUGCGAACUCCACGCGCAUCGAAGGCUGGCGCAACACUCGAAGCUACUACAACUUCAUUCAAGAUCUAGCGGCAUUCUACGUACAUCGGCCUAUCAAGCACCUGGAUCUACAACAUCUGCACGAUAAGCUCGCAAAGUUACGACUCGGCCAUGAGCAGAGCGCGAACAUUUACCUGGCACUGUGUGCCUCUAUCAGAUCGGAUCAGGAGAUCAGCCAGAUGCUCUCUGUCAUCGCGAACGGCGUGUGGGAGAACAAGGCCGGUGCUGGACAUUCGCCUGGCUUGCUCUAUAUUGGAACAGCGAUGUUCCAUCCUCGACUGGACGUUCGAGAGGAGGUCGCUGAACUGUUGGGUAGGAUCAAGGAGCACGAGGCGGGUAGGCAUUUCUGGUCAUCGCUUGGAAGAUUUGUUCGCAUAGCGUGGGAACGAGUUAUGACCCAACGAGUUGAGAGAUUAGGCGGCACGGAGGAGUCAUGA